GGCCGCGACCCGCAAAUCUGCCACCUCCUCGGUCUGGAAAGGACUUAUUCCCCCUCACUGACACUGGCUCCGGAGCAGAUUGAGCUGUCUUUGCAUGGUCUUGCUCUUUUAGAGAGGUUGCUCCCUGUUGCAGACAUAAACUUAUUAAGGUUGUUGAGGUACAGAAGGUUGGUUACUACCAGGUGUGUCUCUGCCUGGAGUUUGAGAGAUUGACUCUACUGCAGGUGUCCUCCUGKCAAGAUCUGCAUCCACUGGGUGGUCCUGCGUGAAAAAGAUUUCAGCUCCACAAAAAUCUGUGCUUAAAGAGGCUUUCGGUGCAAUCAAGAGCAAUAUAUUUUUCAUCUUUAUGGAGAAGAAGUGAUAAUUAACUCAAGAAAAUGCCUCUUGUGAUUUUUUUGUUAAUGUUUAUCACUGGAUCUUCCACUGAGAGGCUAUGUCCCCUCCGUGCCUCCAUUGAUGUACUAGAAGGGGAAUACUUUUUCCUUUGCUUUCCUGAGUUAACUCAAGAAAAUGUUCAGAAAGCAGGAUACUCAAUAAACUGGUACAAAGAAAAUGCUGGAAAGUGGAACUUGGUAAAAGAAACACACAGAAUUGUUUCACAAAAGAAUUUUCUGGAGUUUUGGCCAGCUGAAGUCAGUGACUCUGGGAAUUACUCUGUCAUUCGCAGUGAUGGAAAACAAAAUAUCACAAUUCAGAAGUGGACCUUGAAUAUACUUGAAAGAAAUAAAAGCAGCUGUUUCAAUGAAAAUCACUUAACUACAGAAAUUAAAAAUGCUGGAAGUGGUUAUUCACUUAAAUGCAGCGAUCUAUCUAUCAAUGAAAAUGACAGUAUAACGUGGUACAAGGACUGUAAGAACUAUCACAAUAAAACUGAGCAGGAAUUGGAUUUUAAAACUCUAACAUUUCAGCACUCGGGAAUAUACACCUGUAAAAUUUCGAUCACUAAUGAGGGAAAGAUAUUCCACAGCACAAGUACAAUUCAUCUGGUAGUAAAGGAAGAUGUACCAGAAGUUGUAACUUUGGAGAUACUUGGACUUGAUGAAGAAGUUGAAACACAAAUAGGUAAAGAAGAGAUACUCAAUUGCACAGGUUCCUUGGGUUAUUAUAUGCCAGAAGAUGCUAGCCUUUACUGGUCAAUUAACCAGACAUUUCCAAAAAAAUGUUCACGUAUCCCUGAGAAUGAGCCUUCAACAUGUGAAGAAGAGUUCAAAAAACUACAUAUUGGAAACAAAUUUUAUGUCACAAGGCUAUUACGGAUUAAGAAAGUAGCAGAGGAGGACAUGCAUCAUAAUUUCACCUGCAUGUUGCAGACUAAUGAAGGAACACGAAUAAAGACAGUGAAACUGAAGAAAGGGAACACCCAAGAUCUGCCUGUGCAUAUAUUUACAACUGGGAUGGUCCUUGCUGUAAUGUUUAUAUGCCUUGCUGUAGUCAUGGUGGUCAUCUGUGUGACGUUCAGAGUUGACUUAGUUCUAUUUUACAGGAACAUAUGUAGAAAAGAUGACACUGCUGGAGAUGGAAAAGAGUAUGAUGCUUUUGUGUCUCACCUGAAAGACUGUGUGUCUCCCAGUGAAGAAGAGAGAGAAUUUGCUCUGAAUAUAUUACCCAAAAUAUUGGAAGAAAAUUUUGGUUACAAGCUGUGUAUAUUCGAGAGGGAUGUAUCUCCUGGAGGAGCUGUUGUUGAUGAUAUCCAUUCAUUUAUUGACAAAAGCCGAAGAUUAAUCAUUAUACUGAGCCAGAACUACAUUUCUGACAGAGCCAUAUAUGAACUUGAGAGUGGACUUCAUAAAGCCCUAGUUGAAAGGAAAAUUAAGAUCAUAUUAAUUGAAUAUAUGCCUAUAAAUGGCUAUAAUUUCUUGCCAGAAUCACUAUCUCUUUUACCAUCACAAAGGGUUGUGAGGUGGAAAAAGGAUAAAUCUCUUCCUGUGAAUUCCCGAUUUUGGAAGAACCUUCGAUACCUGAUGCCAGCAAAACCUACCAAUUCCAACACCAAAUGGGUGAUAUAAUAAUCUUGGUCUGGACUCAGAAGGUGUUCAACUAUGGACGGGGGACUGUGACUUUAUUGUAAUCUUACAACUGUUUUGUGAAAGGAAAGAGCUGCAGACAACUAAUCAUUUUACUACAUUUAAAUAGAAAAUAGAAGCUGCAGUUACUAUGUUAAUGUUGAUAGAUGCCAAGCCUGAUAUUUGAGAAAAUCAUGAAAAUUGUCACAGUGGCUAGGAUGAAGCUAACUCCAAUGCUAACCUCAAAGAGAGAUCCCUCAGCAGUUUGGGCAAAGAGCAGAACUCUGGUUCUGCUUAGGACUUGCUGCAUGACACUGAACACACUGCAAAAAGUUUUGGUUCCUUGUUUUCCUUCUUGUAAAGCAACCCCACUUACUUAAACUUGCGUAUUUUGU